UUUCAUAGAAGUUGGAUAAAAUUUCACAGCGUGUGAAUUUAUUUCAUUUUGAAACCCGCCAAUUUCAACUCCUCGAAAACCCCCCACCGUCGAUCACCGUCUCCUCUGCGCCACCGCCAAUGGACUUCAAAUCCUCCGACGCCGGUGUCUGGAGAGAAGCCCUCUCCUCGUACGAAUCCACAAUAGAAAGCAUUGGAAAACCCAACCUGAUUCCCCUCGACGAUUUCUACCGCAAUGAGCUCCCAAAUCUCCUCCACAAACGAAACCCUAACCCCUACAUCACCACCGACGAGCUCUCCAAACUCAUGCAGUGGAAGCUCGCUCGCGGCAAGUGGCGGCCGCGCUUAUUAUCCUUCGUCUCCUCCCUAGACGACGCCGUUGUACGAAACGCCUCCGGGAAGGCGUUUGCUUCCCUACCUGACGUCUCGAAAGCAGUCUCGGAGCUGACGGUGUUGAAAGGCGUGGGUCCCGCCACCGCCUCCGCCGUACUCGCCGCCUAUGCUCCGGAUGUCGCGCCGUUCAUGUCGGAUGAGGCCAUGGUUGCUGUGGUUGGGGAUUCCAAGGAUUACUCGUUAAAGCGUUAUCUCGUGUUUGCAGAGAAGAUUCAAAUCAAGGCAAAGGAAUUGUCUUCGCCGGAGGAUAUAUUCACACCGUCGGAUGUUGAAAGGGCUUUGUGGAGUAGUACCAUUGGUGCUAAAGUGAAAUCAUCUUCGACAAAGUCCGAUGAUGUUGUGUCGGAGAAGAAGCCCAAGAGAAAGAGAAAAUGACGGUAAGGCUCACUACUCGUUUAACUACUACUACUGUGUACUGUGUUAUAUCCUAAUUUUCUGUACGUAUAUGUAUGUUUCUCUUGCACUUUACUGCAGUGGGGUGUAUGAUUUAGUGUAAAAGUAACCAUUUAUGUUGUGUUAGAUCACUAUUUAGUGUGUU